AUGGAGGCGCAAAUGGUUGGGAAAACGCAAGAAAUAUGCGACCCAUCAUCGGCAUUCGCCUUCUACUACACGGCAUGCGUGGAUUGUGUGAAUGGAAACACGUCUGGCAAUAAUGCUACUGUCGCCGCGUCCGAGUUGGAUGCCAAGUUUGGGCAGUACUCGCUAUAUUGCAGCGGAACCGCAGAAAAGCUUGACUUUUCUUUGACUCUGUCAUCGGCACAGUAUUUCAGUUUAUCAACAAAGACUCUUACGGAGCUUUCGACCGAGUCAUAUGGUCUAUUUGCGACAUAUCACUCCACCACGACUGCGCUGGUGCCAAUCAUGUCCGCGUUUACAUUCACCACCACGGUCCCAAGUCCAACCACGGUCGCAGUCCCAACCACUGCAACUGUUCUUGUUACUCAAACGCCCACUCCGUCGGGGUCGGGAAGCGCGUGGAUUGCCGGCGCAGCAACAGGCUCAAUUGCUGGAGCGGCCAUGAUAUUCGGGGCCCUGCUGUAUCGGAUUCGUCGCCGCAAGCAGAAACGAGCGUCUGCACAGUCCAUCAUCGCUGAGGUUCUAGAACCAGAUCUGAACCGGAAUAAAGAGCAGUUAGAACUGCACGGGGACUCGUCGAUUCCUCGGCAGGAACUCGAUGGGCUGACGGAAAAUACGCGGCCAAAAGAGAUGGAAGCAUCGCCGUCACCCGCGCAGGAACUGGAAGCAUCGCCGUCACCCGCCCAGGAACUAGAAGCCGCCCCGCCCCCAGUGGCACCUGCGCAAGGGCUCGAGUCUGCCUCGGCAAAACCGCUGGAGAUAAUCGGGGAGCCUGGAGAGAGGGGAUUCCCAAACACCAGCGACCACGCGACGGGGCACCGAAGCUGGUGCAUGUGCCUGGUCCCAUCUUCCGCCGCCGGCCUGGAGGCCUCGGGACCAGCCUUCGGAACCAGCCCUCCAAGCCGUAUCUUGGACAAGAGACGAGGCCAGCAUUGGAUAAUGGACAAGACGACCAGAGUCGCGAAGCUUGCAUCGCAAAGGUUCACGACCCUCUUCAAUGUUCUGAUCGGCGUCUCAACCCUGGCCACGUUGCUUCUCGCAUUUGACGGCUUCCAUCUCCGUGCACGAGUCGUCAACGGCUGCAACGUGGCCUACCGCAACGAGGCGGCACGCGAGACGGACAGGCUGGCAGCCCGGGACCCGGGACCCGGGACCCGGACAACGAGCUCGCGGCACCCGCUGGCAUGGUUGAUAAACAUAAGAGAGUCAAUCGCCAGCCGCCACGCCGCCGUGUUGGCAGUCAGGGAUCUGGGCAGAGUCAGCUUUACGACGAAUGGGCUCGUGUCCAAGAUUUCCGGCGACGUUGUUGCCUUUGCCUACAAUCUACACAGAACCAACAAAAAAGUCGCCCUCCUCGAGUUUCUAGAGAUGACCUCGCCGGCUAAUAGCAUCUCCAAUCGCUGCGGGCCGAGCAUCGCCGGGACCGUGAGCAUCGCCGGGACCGCCUCGACGUUUGCCACAAUGCCGAGUCGUCUCCCGUUGAUCACUGUCCUAGUGCCCGUUUACGUUUGCUCCUAA